GCACACAGAUAGAAAACAAACACAGGACGAGUUUGGAACAGCUUAGUUCUACCAAACUCCAUGUGAACCAUUAUGGAGAACUCAAGAGACAAGAAUAGAAAUGUCUCAAAUUUGUUUUGGAUGUUCCUGAAUGUUCUUUUCUCACACUUGCAAAUGCUUCGACAGGGACACUUGUUAUGACUAGAAGGGCUGCCAGAGCUGGGACUGUAUACCUCUCCUUUUAGAUCUUGUUCACAGACUUGGGGUCAGACAUCUGAGGAUAUUUCCUCUCAUAACACUGCGUUCCAGCCUGGGAACUGGAGGGGGUUAAAGGUUGUGGUUGUGUUUUGUUUCAUGAGCAACGUGCCCUUCUCGGCUGGUUUGGAAGUGCAGUCCCUGGAGUUCCAGUACACAGUUCUACGUGAUUCUCACAGGCAGCUGCAGUUUCACCAGACAACUUUGUUAGACGGAGACGUCCUCUUCCACUGUGAGAGUCCCACACUGACAGACCAGCCGCGACACGACUUGGUCACACACACACACACCACUGAGAACCUUCAGCAAAAACAUGAGGCCUGUAAGGGAGAGUACGUACAGCACCUGCGAAGCUUCAAGAUGAUAAACAAAACAGCUGGUUGGACAGAAAUUCUCCAAAGACGUCGGGGUUGCAAGGUGAAUGGCUCAGAGACCUUUGUCUUUGAUAAGUGGGGUGUCAACGGAGAAGAUUUCUUGACCUUUGACCCCAAAACUCUGAGAUGGAUGCCUUACUCUGACCUUGCGGUGCCUGUAGCAGAGAUGUGGAAUCAGGAGAACAACAGGAAUAAUGUCCGUAAUCACGUCUACGGAGUUUUCCUCCAGAACAAGUGUUGGGAUGCCCUUUAUAAAACUGCAAGAGGGAGAAUGGCGCAAUCUGAGUCUCACAAAGGGCUGGAGGUGUACAUGUUUGCCAAACCCAGGCAAGGAAUCACAGGAAUUACUGGCACGUACCUAAUGUGUCAUGUGACAAGCUCCGACCUAUCAGGAGUCAGGAUCCAGUUAACUAAAGCUGGAGUUCCUCAGGCCGGUGGGGUGAAUCUGACUGGACCGCGCCCAAAUGGGGACGGAACAGUUCAGAUGAGGGUCCAGGUUCAGCUGGAACGUAAAGAUGCGGAAGAAUUUCAGUGUCAAGUCCAGACUGACAAAACACACAGGUGUCUCCAGUGGGGUAAGAUUCAUAUCAAAACACAGAGCUUUGGUCAGUGGCAAGUCUGA